CCCCCCCCCUCCCCCCGUGUCUGCGCUGAUAACAAAGAGGUCCCUGUGGUCCUCUGAAGUCUGCUGCUGUUUGGACCUCCUCCUCCUCCCUCUGUCCUCCUUCCUGCACCUCCGCCCCAUCCUCCUGUCUCUGAUGCCGCCGCAUCCACACGGAGUUCCGGACGGAUUCAGCGCGUGUUCGCUGACAUUUCCCCGGAUCUAACUGGGCUCAUCUGACRGCAGCUGAUCGGUGGUUUCACGGGAGUUGUUUUUCAUUCCUCCGUCUGUAAAGAAGCUCRUGUCUGAACUCCUCCCUCACAAACACUCGUGCCAUGCAGGAGGUGUAAUCCUCCACCCUCCUCUUCUCCCUGUGCCACGGUGACCACCCCCUCCCCUGCCGUUAACGAGUCAAGAUGUCAGACGCCGGCUCCUCACUGCCGACAGACCCCCUGCUGCCUCUGACCUCCCCACGCACUCCCCUGCAGCUCUCCUUCCCCUUCUUGAGGGAAGGCAGUCGUGUUUGGGAGAGGGAGAGGAAGCCGUUGCAGCCCGGAGAGCUGCCCAGUCCACUGCCCACCAAACGUACCCGCACAUACUCAGCGACAGUCCGAGCCAGAUCAGGCCCCGUGUUUAAAGGGGUUUGUAAAAACUUCUCCAGGUCUCAGGGUCAUGGAUUCAUACACCCUUCUCACGGAGGAGAGGACAUCUUUGUCCACAUUUCUGACAUCGAUGGCGAGUACGUGCCUAUGGAAGGAGACGAAGUCACAUACAAGGUGUGCCCCAUCCCUCCCAAGAACCAGAAGGUCCAGGCUGUCGAGGUGGUCAUCACUCACCUAAACCCAGGCACCAAGCACGAGACCUGGUCGGGUCAAAUCAUCAGCUCCUAGACGAGCGCGACCGUUGGCGAAGCUACACAGGGAUUAAAUUUUAGGAUUUUUGAUUUUGUGGCYCACAGACUUGGGGACCAGGUGAAGGAUCUGAGCUGAGAUGGUAGGCUGUUGGUGAUAAAGGUUAUAGAGUAGAGAUUUGAUUGUAAAUGUUUGAAUGUUUUCCUGUGCCGACCAUGGAUUCAUCUUUUUUUGUUUGUUCUGUUCAGGGAUUAAAUGUUCGGUUAAGUAAGUUUGGGUUGAAGUGGUGGUGCAAGCAAUCUUGCAUUUACCUCAAUAGUAUAUAGAGUACUAUAGUACUGUAGGUGUUUAGGAGGUGAUGUCUUGAUUGGAUUUAGGUGUAAAUGAUAGUUACAGUAUACAGGAGGAUUAAAAUGUGGUUAGAGCAAACUGGAAGGAGUACUGCCAUAUUGACUCUCAGUCGACCUGAAGUUUUAAGGGGUCAGCUCAGCAGAGUUCUUUAAUUUGCUUCCAUAAUCUCAGCUGAUGCGUAUCGCUGCCAAAAUCACUGCCAAAAUCAUAAAAACAAACUGUAGCUUAACAUGUUUCAUCCAUCACAGAUGAAGAUGAAAAAACAAACCCUUUCAAUUGUACAGGUUGUUUUCAUUAUCACAAGAAGAGCUUCUCAGAUCCCUAAAUCAAAAGUGUUUCAUGUGUAAUGGUUGUUUACACAGAUGGGCUUCAGAUUCACAUUCACUUAGUUCUAAAAGGGUUUAGGCCUUGACCACUGGGACAAGCUCUACAUAUUUGAAAUUAUGCUCCUUUCCAGUACUGCAACACCUGRUUGUCAAUGAGCCAAUGUUAGUAUCCUGUUUGAUUUUCCUAUGACGGUCUGAAAGUUUGGUGGUAAAGGCCAGAGGUUUUGAGGGAUGGCAGGAGGUGAGAAACAAGGGAGGACCAAAGAUGGGGCAGAGGAUGGAGUGAUAAACGUUAUAAGUGCAGAGACUAUAUCAGUUAUAGGCCCUCACCACACUACUCCAGGUAUUUUUUUAAAAACUGAGAUUUUCUGCUUCUUUAGCAGCUCUUUGCCAUGUGCAAAUGCAGAUUUUAAAAAAACUCCAUUUUUGUUUGUGACCAAGUCAAUUCAGAUCGGAGUCCUAGCAGUGUAUGUCACAAAAGCUCUCACUUUGUGUCCUAGAAACCAAAACAAGAGUGUGCUAAAAUGGUUACUUACUAAAGGAAAAUUGUAAACUGUAAAGGCGUUCUUGCCAUGCAGUGGCUAGGAUGAGGCUCAAUUGUACUGUGUGCAGUUAAUCAUCAGAAAAACAGUCAUAGAUUAAUAUUUGCGAUUAGUGACUUAUGUACGACGGCGCAGAGCUAACGAUAAUGCUAACGCAGAGCUAAUGCUAACACUGCAUACACGUUUAAUCACCUGAAACAAUGCUAUGAACUGGAGUACGAGGAAAGCCAGCAAAUAGAAACUGAGACCACAGCAAACUUUCCUCUGAUGAAUGUUGGAAACAAAUCUCAGUCCAGAAUCCACGAUGAAUUCAAGCAUACUGACUCUUACGAGCGUCAAAGUAAGCACCGGAAAGAAAUAAUGCAGGCUGUGGCUGUUAAAAUGAAUAAGUUAGUUUGACAAGUAUAAUUUUAAAACACAGAGUAACUGAUUUAGUUAAAAACAAGUGCAAUUGUCAUGUAUUAAUUGGCUAAAUUCUACAAUUAAUUGUGACUAGAAUGAUCUGAAUGGAGGUUUUUUUUGUAGGUUUUUAUAGAGAAGAAAUGAUCAGUGAAAUAAAAAUAUCUGGAGUUUUGUAGAUGGGGUCCCAAAGUCAGUCAUUCACAUACUGUGGGUCAACAAACAAAGUUUACUUUAAAGGAAAAGUUUGACAGUUUUGAAGGAAACAUGUUUGUGUUAUUGUGAGCCAUUUUAUUAGUCAAGUAAUAAGAUUUUGAUUUAUAAAACCUAGUAAAACAGAACAUGUGGCAGGCUAUCUUAGUUCAGCAUAACAAAUAAAACAAAGCGAUAGAGCCAAUGAAACAUGACAGAGGACAAGAUAAGAGGAUUUGUUUUUUUCCUCACUCAUAAUGUGCUACAUGGAAACAUGGACAGAAAAGCUCUUCAGCAAAGCCAACACCUGAAGGAGUUAUUCUGCAGACAGAUUCAUGUUAUUGACAGUAACUUGUCCUCAUACCCCUUUUUGCAAAUUGUCCAUCUUUUGAGUAGAAGAAGUUAGGAUUGUCUGUCUCUGGAUACAAUAAAGAUAUAUGAGCAACAAAAAUGAA